CGUUCGUAUAGGGGAGAGGAAAUAAGGCGAGACUAGCCUCGUAAGAGAAGGAAGAACAGAAGAAGAACAGCGAAGCAAAAUCGGAGAGAGAGAGAGAGAGAACGCAGCGGCGGCAUCGCGAGGAUUUUGGUCUGAGUGACAAAUGGCUACGCUUCAGACUUCUUGGAGAAAGGCUUAUGGUGCUCUCAAAGAUACCACCAAAGUCGGCCUCGCCAAAGUUAACAGUGAUUUCAAGGACGUGGAUGUUGCGAUCGUGAAAGCCACGAAUCACGUCGAAUGCCCUCCUAAGGAGAGGCAUAUCAGAAAAAUCUUGAAUGCCACUUCAGUGAUUCGGCCCCGAGCGGAUGUUGCUUAUUGUAUACAUGCUCUUUCCAGGCGACUGGCUAAGACGCACAACUGGACGGUGGCAUUAAAAACAUUAAUAGUUAUUCAUAGACUGCUGAGGGAGGGUGACCCUACUUUCCGUGAAGAGCUUCUAAAUUUCUCACAGAGAGGGCGAAUUCUCCAGCUAUCCAAUUUCAAGGAUGAUUCAAGCCCAGUAGCUUGGGACUGCUCUGCAUGGGUUCGUACUUAUGCACUAUUCUUGGAGGAAAGGCUCGAAUGUUUUAGGGUUUUGAAAUAUGAUAUUGAAGCUGAGCGUCUCCCAAGACCUGUCCAAGGGCAGGAUAAGGGCUACAGUAGAACCAGGGAUCUUGACAGUGAAGAACUGUUGGAGCAGUUGCCAGCUUUGCAACAGCUGCUGUACCGUCUUAUUGGAUGCCGGCCAGAAGGAGCUGCUGUUAACAAUUACAUAAUACAGUAUGCACUGGCACUGGUACUCAAAGAGAGUUUUAAAAUGUAUUGUGCUAUUAACGAUGGUAUCAUUAAUCUUAUUGACAAGUUUUUUGAGAUGCCAAGACAUGAAGCCAUGAAAGCCCUGGAAAUCUAUAAACGAGCUGGUCAGCAGGCUGGGGGCCUUUCUGAUUUCUACGAAGUUUGCAGAGGAUUGGAACUUGCUAGAAAUUUCCAGUUUCCUGUUUUGAGAGAGCCUCCACAGUCGUUUGUCGCAACCAUGGAAGAAUACAUAAAAGAAGCACCACGGAUGGUUUCGGUUUCAACGGAGCAAUUGGAAUUUCCGGAGAGACUACUUUUGACUUACAAACCAGAAGAAGCACCUUCUCCUGAUGAUGCAACACCUCCCGUAGAGGAACAAAAGCCACUUCCUUCCGUUGAGGUUGUUGCUGCUCCUCCUGAGGUUACUCCUGAAGUUGCUCCUCCGCCUAACAGCCUUGACACCGGAGAUCUUCUGGGAUUAAAUGUUAUGACUCCUGAUGCAUUUGCAUUAGAGGAAAGAAAUGCACUGGCUCUGGCUAUAGUUCCAUCUAAUGACACCGCAUCAUAUGAUUCUGGUGCCUUUCAAGCAAAAGUUCUGGAUCCGACUGGAUGGGAGCUUGCACUGGUUACUACUCCAAGCAGCAAUUUAUCUACAGUUAAUGAAAGACAAUUGGCUGGUGGAUUGGAUGCGUUAACUCUCAAUAGUUUGUAUGAUGAAGGUGCAUAUAGAGCUGCUCGACAGCCUGUAUAUGGAGUGCCAGCUCCAAACCCUUUUGAAGUGACGGAUCCAUUUGCUUUGUCAAACAGCAUUGCUCCCCCACCAGCGGUUCAAAUGGCAGCAAUGGCUCAGCAGCAAUCGAAUCCCUUUGCGCAAUAUCAGCCCACCUAUCAGCAACAGCAGCAGCAUUUGAUCAUGGGCCCAUCAAAUCCUUUUGGUGAUACAAGCUUCAGGGCCUUUCCUGUGAACCCCGCUCUUCACCCGCAGAAUAAUAAUCCUUUUGGAACCACUGGCCUGUUAUAGUUGUAUUAUGAGGUUUAUACUUUGUAAUCUUACGGCAUUCGUGCAUAGCUUUCUAGUUUUCUGUAUUUAGUCAGUGUCAGUGUGCGGCCUGAGUCAUAUAUUGUUUGAGUCACGGAAGACAGGAAGUCACAUUUGGAAUAGAGGAUGUAAAAGAUUUU